AUGGUGGUUGUGGUUGUGGUCGUGGUCGUGGUCGUGGUCGUGGUCGUGGUCGUGGUCGUGGUCGAAGAAGCGUCGGUGGAAGUGAAGCCCGAGACGCCCUUGGUAACCUUCCAUCCGGUCGCAAUCAACGGUAACCUUGAAUCGAGGACUAUCCUGCGGUCGUUCCACUUCAAGCCUUGA